AAAGCAGGCCUGUCCCUUUAAGGGGGUUGGCUGUCAAUCAGAAAGCCCUUUUCAUUGCAGGAGGAGAGGACAAAGAUACUCAGAGAGAAAAAGUAAAAGACCGAAGAAGGAGGCUGGAGAGACCAGGAUCCUUCUUCCAGCUGAACAAAGUCAGCCACAAAGCAGACUAGCCAGCCGGCUACAAUUGGAGUCAGAGUCCCAAAGACAUGGGCUUGUUAGAGUGCUGUGCAAGAUGUCUGGUAGGGGCCCCCUUUGCUUCCCUGGUGGCCACUGGAUUGUGUUUCUUUGGGGUGGCACUAUUCUGUGGCUGUGGACAUGAAGCCCUCACUGGCACAGAAAAGCUAAUUGAGACCUAUUUCUCCAAAAACUACCAGGACUAUGAAUAUCUCAUCAAUGUGAUCCAUGCCUUCCAGUAUGUCAUCUAUGGAACUGCCUCUUUCUUCUUCCUUUAUGGGGCCCUCCUGCUGGCUGAGGGCUUCUACACCACCGGCGCAGUCAGGCAGAUCUUUGGCGACUACAAGACCACCAUCUGCGGCAAGGGCCUGAGCGCAACGGUAACAGGGGGCCAGAAGGGGAGGGGUUCCAGAGGCCAACAUCAAGCUCAUUCUUUGGAGCGGGUGUGUCAUUGUUUGGGAAAAUGGCUAGGACAUCCCGACAAGUUUGUGGGCAUCACCUAUGCCCUGACCGUUGUGUGGCUCCUGGUGUUUGCCUGCUCUGCUGUGCCUGUGUACAUUUACUUCAACACCUGGACCACCUGCCAGUCUAUUGCCUUCCCCAGCAAGACCUCUGCCAGUAUAGGCAGUCUCUGUGCUGAUGCCAGAAUGUAUGGUGUUCUCCCAUGGAAUGCUUUCCCUGGCAAGGUUUGUGGCUCCAACCUUCUGUCCAUCUGCAAAACAGCUGAGUUCCAAAUGACCUUCCACCUGUUUAUUGCUGCAUUUGUGGGGGCUGCAGCUACACUGAUUUCCCUGCUCACCUUCAUGAUUGCUGCCACUUACAACUUUGCUGUCCUUAAACUCAUGGGCCGAGGCACCAAGUUCUGAUCCCCCAUAGAAAUCCCCCUUUCUCUAAUAGCGAGGCUCUAACCACACAGCCUACAAUGCUGCGUCUCCCAUCUUAACUCUUUGCCUUUGCCACCGGCUGGCCCUCUUCUUACUUGAUGAGUGUAACAAGAAAGGAGAGUCUUGCAGUGAUUAAGGUCUCUCUUUGGACUCUCCCCUCUUAUGUACCUCUUUUAGUCAUUUUGCUUCACAGCUGGUUCCUGCUAGAAAUGGGAAAUGCCUAAGAAGAUGACUCCCCAACUGCAAGUCACAAAGGAAUGGAGGCUCUAAUUGAAUUUUCAAGCAUCUCCUGAGGAUCAGAAAGUAAUUUCUUCUCAAAGAGUACUUCCACUGAUGGAAACAAAGUGGAAGGAAAGAUGCUCAGGUACAGAGAAGGAAUGUCUUUGGUCCCCUUGCCAUCUAUAGGGGCCAAAUAUAUUCUCUUUGGUGUACAAAACAGAAUUCACUCUGGUCUCCCUAUUACCACUGAAGACAGAAGAAAAAAGAAUGUCAGAAAAACAAUAAAAGUGUUUGCCCAAAUCUGCCUAUUGCAGCUGGGAGAAGGGGGUCAAAGCAAGGAUCUUUCACCCACAGAAAGAGAGCACUGACCCCGAUGGUGAUGGACUACUGAAGCCCUAACUCAGCCAUCCUUACUUACAGCAUAAGGGAGCAUAGAAUCUGUGUAGACGAAGGGGGCAUCUGGCCUUACACCUCGUUAGGGAAGAGAAACAGGGUGUUGUCAGCAUCUUCUCACUCCCUUCUCCUUGAUAACAGCUACCAUGACAACCCUGUGGUUUCCAAGGAGCUGAGAAUAGAAGGAAACUAGCUUACAUGAAAACAGACUGGCCUAAGGAGCAGUAGUUGCUGGUGGCUAACGGUGUAACCUGAGAUGGCCCUCUGGUAGACACAGGAUAGAUAACUCUUUGGAUAGCAUGUCUUUUUUUCUUUAAUUAGUUGUGUACUCUGGCCUCUGUCGUAUCUUCACAAUGGUGCUCUUUUCAUGGGGUAUUAUCCAUUCAGUCAUCGUAGGGGAUUUGAAGAUCUUGAUUUGUUUUAGAAUGAUGCACAUUUCGUGUAUUCCAGUUUGUUUAUUACUUAUUUGGGGUUGCAUCAGAAGUGUCUGGAGAAUAAUUAUUUGAUUAUGACUCUUUUUUGAAAUAGGAAAAUUGGACAUUAAGCAUCACAAAUCAUACUAAAAAUUGGCUAGUUAAAUGAAUCUAUUGGGAUUUUCUACAAGUAUUCUGCGUUUGCAGAAACAGAUUUGGUGAAUUUGAAUCUCAAUUUGAGUAAUCUAAUCUUUCUUUCUAGCUAAUGGAAAAUGAUUUUACUUAGCAAUGUUAUCUUGGUGUGUUAAGAGUUAGGUUUAACAUAAAGGUUAUUUUCUCCUGAUAUAGAUCACAUAACAGAAUGCACCAGUCAUCAGCUAUUCAGUUGGUAAGCUUCCAGGAAAAAUUACAGGCAGAAAGAGUUUGAAACUUGAAUAGCUCCCAGAUUUCAGUCUUUUCCUGUUUUUGUUAACUUUGGGUUAAAAAAAAAAGUCUGAUUGGUUUUAAUUGAAGGAAAGAUUUGUACUACAGCUCUUUUGUUGUAAAGAGUUGUGUUGUUCUUUUCCCCCAAAGUGGUUUCAGAAAUAUUUAAGGAGAUGUAAGAUCUUUACAAAAAGACACUUGAUACUUGUUUUCAAACCAGUAUACAAGAUAAGCUUCCAGGCUGCAUAGAGGGAGGAGAGGGAAAAUGUUUUGUAAGAAACCAAUCAAGAUAAAGGACAGUGAAGUAAUCCGUACCUUGCGUUUUGUUUUGAUUUAAUAACAUAACAAAUAACCAACCCUUCCCUGAAAACCUCACAUGCAUACAUACACAUAUAUACACACACAGAGUUAAUCAACUGAAAGUGUUUCCUUCAUUUCUGAUAUAGAAUUGCAAUUUUAACACACAUAAAGGAUAAACUUUUAGAAACUUAUCUUACAAAGUGUAUUUUAUAAAAUUAAAGAAAAUAAAAUUAAGAAUGUUCUCAAUCAAA